AUGAUCAUCAUCUAUCCGGGCGAAGGGGCCAGGAAGGGACAUGCAAAUCCUUGGAUUCGCUUUUUGGCUUUUUGUCCGCUGGCACUGGAAGUUGAAUACCCUUUCUUCUUCGCGUUGGCCAACCUCCCAGAUCUGUCCAACAUACCUGGAAUUGAAGAUGAACCGAUUGAAAAUGAAGACGAAGUGAAUCUUCAGCACCUUGAUGAUUCAAUCUCAGCUCCUCCAGUUCACCAACUCACUCAUGAAGAACGUCAAAAAUACCAGCCGUUAUUUGAUGAACUUGUCAAUGUUGAAAAAUUACACUUAUGUCAUGGACAGCCAAGCCCUACAAGCUCUGUAGCCACGCUACAGAAGAGAUCUCUGGUUGAGCUGUGUAAGGCUCACCAUGCGUUUGCUGUAGUAUGCCAGCGAUUCCAGAUCACGUAUUACUUGGCCGGUGUUAGCUGUGGUAGUACAGAAGGAUGGACACAGGUGUUUUCAAAUAACACCUCGUUUGCAACUUGGGCAUCGAGCGAUGAUGUCAAAGUCCCGCAGACUUUGGCAUCUUAUAUCCAUGGUCAGUCGGCGGCGAAAAAAGUUGAAGGUAGCAAGCCCCAACAACCAAGCGAUGAGCGGAAAACUCGCCUUGGAAGGGAACUCAACAUUUUAUACCGCGCUCUUAUGAAGGAAGGCACAUUUCCAAAGUGUGAAGACCCAGAAGGUGAACUAAAGAGUGGGAAUCUGCUGAUUCGUAUUGUACAGAAGCCAGGGAGUAACUUAUCAAAAAGCGAGCUUGAGGCAGGUCAUUGUUUAGCAAGGAGUUCAACGGUGAAGUCAUGGCUCAGAGAUAUCAAAGAGGGAUAUUUUCUGCUUGAGUCUAUCCCAGAAUCCGAACGUGAACCUAUUCCUGCCCGCCGACCAAAAUCUAAAAAGUCGACCAAAACGAAAAACACUAAUAUUCAACCAUCCAAUCACCCCACUAAUAAUGGUUCCACUUCUCAGAAUCAAAACAACAACACUGGAUCUCAGUCAACCGAUGAAGUUCAACUUACUGAAGAGCUCACUCACCAGCUCACUCGAGAUCGUAUCAACACAAAUCACAAUUCGGAAUCACAGCCCGAACAAGCAACCUCGAGAACACUUGCUCCUGAGGCGUCUUCCAACACCAAUCAAACUAAUUCAGGCUUGAAGCGUAAGCUUCAAGCAUUGGCUAAGGGUAGUGUACAAAAUCAAGAGGUAAAGAAAAAGAAGAGAAAAAUCAAAGCCACUGCAGACAAUGACAAAGACAAUGAUAGCAGCACUGAAGAAGAAGACAGCAGCACUGAAGAAGAAGAUAGCAGCACCGAAGAAGAAGAUAGCAGCACCGAAGAAGAUAGCAAUUCUGACUUAUGA